AUCACGAUGACAUCUCUGAAGUUUGCUUCACGUCUGACUGUUCUGUUCUUGUGGAGAAUAGCCUUUGUGACUAAUCUCAAGAUGUCCUCAUCGGUGCGUCAAGACAGUGGUUUUAUACCAGCUAAAGUUGGAGACAAUGUGACUUUACGAUGUGUUAAUGAAGGUAAAGCUUUAGUGAUAUACUGGUAUAAACAAACUCUGGGAAAGAAACCAAAGCGCAUCUCUUCCUUCUAUAAACAUGACAAAAGUGGCAGUCUUAUUGACGAAUUCAAAAACUUUUCACGGUUUUCAAUCGAGAUUAUUCAUGGUAAGAACCACCUGACAAUCUCAGAUUUACACAUUUCAGACUCAGCGACUUACUACUGCUUAAGUUACUAUGCAAACAGGUUUGAAUUUACAGAGGGUGUUACUGUCAGUGUAAAGGGUUCAGGAUUGAACAUCCAAGCUUUGGUUCAUCAGUCAGGGUCUGAGACCAUCCAGCCAGGAGGCUCUGUGAAUCUCAGCUGUACAGUACACACUGGGACCUGUGAUGGAGAACACAGUGUUUACUGGUUCAAAGACUCUGAAGAAUCUCAUCCAGGAUUCAUUUACACUCAUGGAGACAGGAAUGAUCAGUGUGAGAGGAAACCUGAGACACAAACACAAACCUGUGUCUACAAUUUGCCGAUGAAGAGCCUGAAUCUUUCUCAUGCUGGGACUUAUUGUGCUGUUGCCUCAUGUGGACAUGUUCUGUUUGGAAAACAGAAAAAGUUGGACUCAGCGGAUAAGGACAAUUCAUAUGCCUUGGUGUAUUUGUUGAGUGGAGCUUUGGCAUUCACCACCAUCCUGGCUGUUUUGCUAUCAUAUGCAGCAUAUAGAAUGAACAAAAGCUGUCAUCGUACAGACUCUCAAGCAAGAUCUUCAUCUGACUCAGCCUCAAAUACAGAAGGUUACCAGAAUUCAGACAACCUUCAUUAUGCAGCUUUGAAGAAGCAUAAGAUCAACAGGAUAAAAAGACACAGGGAGAACACACAAACUGAAUGUGUGUACUCCACUGUAAGGCAGUAGAGCUGGACGUAUUUCAUUUGUACUUUGUUUCUGUGUAAGAAGUGAUUGUCUAAAUCUGUGUAUCAAGCUUUAUAUUUUUCUUUCUUUAAUAGAAGCACUGUUGUAGCAAUGCUUGUAAUGUCCUAAUAAAAGAAAUGCUUUCAGCAGGCAGGUGUCAGGUUGUUAAAAGUACUAUUUUAAGCCAUGCUAGCUAGCGGCUCAUGGUCUGUCUAUCAGUUGGUUCACCUCUGUGGUCCAACAUCCACUGGAUGGAUUGGCACAAAUUUAGUUUCAAAUACCCAAGGUGCCAUGAUCAUGAAUCCUACUGACUUUGUUGAUCUCCUGACUUUUCAUCUAGUUCCAUCACAGGAUCAAAAUUAUACAUUUUCCACGAAUUUACAAAACCUGCUAAACGUCAUGCAUGUUAGCAUUGUUGUUUUGAGCAUGUUAGCAUUGUUGUUCUGAGCAUGUUGAUAGUUGUUCUGAGCAUGUUAGCACACUGACAUAUUGUAUUUAGCUCAAAGCUCCACUGUGCUGAAGUACAGCUUCAGAGAGCUGUUAACAUGGCAUAACUUUCUGUCAGAUUUCAACGCCAUAUACAGAAGGAAAAAUCUUGAUCUUCAAUAAACUAA